AUGCCGACCGCGGCAAGCGUAGGAGAUCGAGCGGACGAAACGAAGCAAAGCGGGGUCGGAAGACCAGAUAUGAACAAGAUGCAGAAGGAAUGUGCUGCCAUCCGGUCAUCUUUCCGAGAAGAGGACAACACGUACCGCUGCCGGAAUGUAGCCAAACUACUGUACAUGCAUAUGCUGGGCUACCCUGCACACUUUGGACAGCUGGAGUGCCUCAAACUGAUUGCCUCUCAGAAAUUUACGGACAAGCGGAUUGGGUACCUUGGAGCCAUGCUACUGCUGGAUGAGAGGCAGGAUGUCCACCUUCUCAUGACCAACUGCAUCAAGAAUGACCUUAAUCACAGCACGCAGUAUGUGCAGGGCCUUGCACUCUGUACUCUGGGCUGCAUGGGCUCUUCUGAGAUGUGCCGUGACCUAGCUGGGGAGGUGGAGAAGCUCCUGAAAACGUCCAACUCUUACUUGAGGAAAAAGGCAGCCCUGUGUGCCGUUCAUGUCAUCAGGAAGGUGCCUGAGCUCAUGGAGAUGUUCCUGCCAGCCACAAAGAAUUUGCUGAACGAGAAAAAUCAUGGUGUUCUCCACACCUCUGUUGUCCUACUCACUGAAAUGUGUGAGAGAAGCCCAGACAUGCUCGCCCACUUUAGAAAGAAUGAGAAGCUAGUCCCUCAGCUUGUUCGUAUCCUAAAGAACCUCAUCAUGUCUGGCUACUCCCCUGAGCAUGACGUCUCUGGGAUCAGUGAUCCCUUUCUGCAGGUGCGCAUCCUCCGGUUGCUGAGAAUUCUUGGGCGGAAUGAUGAUGACUCCAGUGAAGCCAUGAAUGACAUCCUAGCCCAGGUGGCCACCAAUACCGAAACCAGUAAAAAUGUGGGCAAUGCCAUUCUGUAUGAAACCGUCUUAACUAUUAUGGACAUCAAGUCUGAGAGCGGCCUGCGAGUCUUGGCCAUUAAUAUCCUUGGCCGCUUCUUACUCAAUAAUGACAAGAAUAUUAGGUAUGUAGCUCUGACAUCCUUGUUGAAGACUGUGCAGACUGACCACAAUGCGGUCCAGCGGCACAGAAGCACCAUAGUGGACUGCCUGAAGGAUCUGGAUGUCUCCAUCAAGAGGCGAGCAAUGGAGCUAAGCUUCGCUCUCGUGAAUGGGAACAACAUCCGAGGAAUGAUGAAGGAACUGCUGUAUUUUCUGGACUCCUGUGAGCCGGAGUUCAAGGCGGAUUGUGCAUCAGGGAUAUUCCUUGCGGCAGAGAAAUACGCUCCUUCCAAGCGCUGGCACAUAGACACCAUCAUGAGAGUUUUGACAACGGCAGGGAGUUACGUACGUGAUGAUGCCGUGCCUAACCUCAUCCAGCUGAUCACCAAUAGUGUGGAGAUGCAUGCUUACACUGUGCAGAAACUCUACAAAGCCAUUCUGGGUGAUUACUCACAACAACCUCUAGUGCAGGUGGCUUCCUGGUGCAUGGGAGAAUAUGGAGACCUCUUGGUGUCUGGUCAAUGCGAAGAAGAGGAGCCAAUCCAGGUCACGGAGGAUGAAGUCCUUGACGUUUUGGAAAGUGUCCUCAUCUCCAACAUGACGGCAUCUGUCACGCGAGGCUAUGCCCUCACGGCUAUCAUGAAACUGUCCACGCGGUUUGCUUGCACAGUCAACCGCAUUAAGAAGGUGGUGUCUGUCUAUGGCAGCAGCAUUGAUGUGGAGCUCCAGCAGAGGGCAGUGGAGUACAACGCCUUGUUCAAGAAGUACGAUCACAUGAGGUCAGCAUUGCUAGAGAGAAUGCCAGUGAUGGAGAAACUCACCACCAACGGUCCCGCAGAUGUCGCUCAGCCCAAUGGGGAGGCAGAGCCCGUCGUCCUGGAGACCAAGCCUCCCGCCUCAGGCCUGCAGCCCACCAGCCAGGCAAAUGAUCUGCUGGACCUUUUGGGAAGCAACGACAUCACUCCAGUGAUCUCAACAGCCCCUCCACACAAGCUGGCUUCUGCCGGUGGGGAACUGCUUGACCUCCUGGGGGACCUCAACCCGACUGGUGCCCCCGCCCCGCAGGUGCCGCACCCCCCCUUUCUGCUGGAUGGGCUUUCCUCGCAGCCCCUCUUCAACGACAUCGCUGCCGGCAUCCCCACAGUCACCGCCUACAGCAAGAAUGGGCUGAAGAUCGACUUUGCCUUUGAGCGCUCCAACACCAACCCCAGCAUCACCGUGAUCACCAUCCAGGCCGCGAACAGCACGGAGCUGGACAUGACAGACUUCGUUUUCCAGGCUGCGGUACCAAAGACAUUCCAGCUCCAACUCCUGUCUCCCAGCAGCAGCGUCAUCCCUGCAUUCAACACGGGGACCCUCACCCAGGUCAUCAAGGUCCUGAACCCACAGAAGCAACAGCUCCGCAUGCGGAUCAAGCUGACAUAUAACCACAAAGGAGCCGCGAUGCAGGACCUGGCAGAAGUCAACAAUUUCCCCCCUCAGUCCUGGCAAUGAGCUCUGGCCCCGCCCUCCUCACACCCCGCCUGUCUGAUCUCCGAAGGAACUCUGGGCAGGGCACUGUGACUCCAGGCACCCCCCUGACUGCACCAGCCCCCCACCCCACCCCCGGGAGCUGCCGAAGGAGAGCCGCUGCUGCUGCUGCUGCUGCAGAGCGGGAGGACUUUCCUUGCUCACUUGGAAGCAUCUCUCUUCAGACAUCUGCUCUCCUCCCCUCCCCUGCCCGGGUCGCUGAGCCGUCCUUGCCUCCGAAGCCGCUGCGUCCCCCAUGCUUGGGGAGGGGGAGGGGGCGUGCGGCAGCACGGGCACUCCCCCCCCUCUCGUCUUGGGCACCCACCGGGGAGCAGCUGUCUUCUCUCCAGUAGGCAGAGCCGGGGGGGGGAGGGGUGGCGGCGAGGCGGGCCUUGGGGGUUGAUAUUCCUUGCUAGCUGGGUUACUACUUCUUCAGGCACUUUCAUGUUGGAAACAAAUUCCAAGGAUGCUGAUGAUCCUUUUUCUUUGGGGUUCCCUGAUGUUUGGGGGCCUUUUCUACGCUUGACUGCACACCCCACGGAUAGGGUAGCGGCUUGGAUCUGCGAAGGGGGGGCGUGGGGACCGGUGGGAUCUGCUCUUCUGGACAAGCCCUCCUUGGAGAACUUGGGGCUGGAGGUGAGCAGGACCUCCCCCACAAUCCCUGGCUGCUGCCCCCCACUCCCGAAGUGUCGGGACGGACGGACGGACUGCUCCAGCCAGGGGCUCCUCGGUGGCCCCCCCACCCGGCAUCGUGGGACUCCUGGGGUCUGGCCCUUCAUGGCCAGCUGUGGUAGGUGGGUGGGAAGGAAGGAAAUGCUUGAUGCUAGGUGAGGUACGUAGAGAUGGUGAGGGGCCACCCUUUGCCUGCAGGAAGACUCAUCGCCAGGUUUCGCUGCAGAGUCGCUUUCCCCCUUGGCCCUUUUCAUUUCCUGUCUGAGUCCCAGAUUCCAUUUGAACUCGUUCUCCUCCUGGGACGUUUGUGUUGUAUCUGUAAUAUUGGCACUGAAAUAAAGACC